AUGAAGGCGGCUCUGCUCUGCACCUUGCUGUGCGUCUUUCCGACGUCUGUCCACAGUCGAGUCUCAGUGACCGUCACUCCCGGCUGGUCUCAGUUCUUUGAGUAUGGAGAGGUGUCUUUGAGCUGUGAUCAUGUGAGCUCUGGUAAAUGGUCGGUUUGGAGAUACUCAAAUGUAACGUUAAAGAUGUCUCAGUGUGGAUUUGGCUGGGGCAAACAGACUCCCACCACCUGCAUCAUGGAGACAGCCAAAGUGUCCGACAGCGGAGUGUACUGGUGUCAAUCUAAAUACAGAGACAGCAGCAACACCGUCAACAUCACUGUCACUGAUCAAAAAGUGAUCCUGCAGAGUCCCGUCCUCCCUGUGAUGGAGGGAGAUGAUGUCACUCUGAGAUGUAGAACAAACAAGUCCUCCGACCUCCCCGCUGUCUUCGAGAAAGAUAACUCCUCAAUCCAUUAUGGGCUAUAUGGUCACAUGACCAUCUACCAUUUCAGUGAGUCUCAUGAAGGCGCCUACCGCUGUAAAAUCGGCAGUGAUGUGUCUCCACACAGCUGGCUGCUGAUGAAAGAUGAUUCUGAGCCGCCCCUGCUCACAGUGUCUCCUGACUCGUCUCAGAUGUUUGUGUAUAAGAGCCUGUCUCUGAGCUGUGGGGACAACAGCAGCUCUCAGGGCUGGAAGAUCAUCAGGUCCACAACCUCCGAUGGCAAGAUCUCCAGCUGUGGAGGUACAUGGGGGGAUCUCACCUCCUCUGGCUGUGACAUCCAGAGAGCCAAGCAGUCCGACAGCGCCACCUACUGGUGUGAGUCUCCUGCAAAGCAGCAGAGCAACUCUCUGAACAUCACCAUCGUCCCAGACACAGAGGUGAUCCUGCAGAUUCCUGUCCUCCCUUUGAAGGAGGGAGACAAUGUCACUCUGAUCUGCAGAGCAGUUAGAUCCUCCGACCUCUCAGCUGAUUUCUACAAAGAUGGCUCCUUCAUCAGGACUGAGCCCACAGGUCACAUGACCAUCCAUAAUGUUUCCAUAUCUGAUGGAGGCCUCUACAAGUGUAACAUCAGCGGUGUUGGAGCGUCUCUGGUCAGCCAGCUGUUUGUCAGAGAUCGCUACGAUGCACCUCCAUCCACUGAAGAGUCCAUCCAGUUUUGGUGGGGGGUGAUACGCCACCUAGUGGUGACCUUACCAUACUUAGUUUCCACCGUCCUCAUGGUGUGUGAAUAUCGACGCAGACCGACAGGAAGGAACCAGGCUGUUUCCACGACGACGUCUCCACCAAACGAGGAUGAUGAGGGACAGUAUGAUGACGUCAUGGCUGAUGUCACCACCGAGCAUCGUUUCUAAACUUUCUCUCUUAUGUUGUAUGUUUAUAAAAAU